GGGCUUCCCGGGGCGGUCGGCGCUGGUCUCCGGCGCGCGGGGAGCCGUAAACAGAUCCGGGCGCCAGGUGCCGGCCGAGCUGCUGCGCGGAGGCGGCGCGAAGGUGACCGCGGCCCGCGUCCUCCGGGCCCUGAAGGAUGGCUUCCGUCAUGGGGGAUGCGAUCAUGGUGCUCAAGGGACUGGCCAAGCUGACGGAGGCGGCUGUGGAGACCCACCUGCAGCACUUCGGCCUGGGAGCGGAGUUCAUCAUGGCGGCCCGGGCCCUGCAGUCCACGGCUGCAGAGCAGAUCAGCAUGUUCUUGGGGACGGUGAAGGAGCAGGACAAACACGAAGAAUCUUACAUGUCGGAGAACUUUGACGACCCAGAAUCAGAGUUCCACUUCUCAGGGCCAACAGACUUCUCUGCAGCCGCCUCUCAGGAGUCUUCGUCUGCGCCCCAGGAUCACGCCAGCAGCAGGGGCCCCGCUCCUGCCUAUGCUGACAGUGGACCCUUCAGGGAAGCUGGGCUCCCAGGGCAGACUGCCUCUCCUCUGGGCAGGGGCAGCGGGAGGCUUUUCGUGGAGAGCAGAGCUCCCUUCUCCCCCGCUGGCCUGCAGCGAAGGUUCUUCCACCAGGACCAGUCCCCUGUGGGCGGCCUCACAGCCGAGGACAUCGAGAAGGCCCGGCAGGCCAAGGCGCGCCCCGAGAACAAGCCCCACAAGCAGAUGCUCAGUGAGCGGGCUCGGGAGCGAAAGGUGCCAGUUACAAGGAUUGGGCGGCUGGCCAACUUUGGAGGUCUGGCUGUGGGUCUGGGCUUCGGAGCUCUGGCUGAAGUCGCCAAGAAGACCCUCCGCUCGGAGGACUCCUCAGGGGGGAAGAAGGCCGUGCUGGAUUCCAGCCCCUUCCUGUCCGAGGCCAACGCGGAGCGCAUCGUGAGCACGCUGUGCAAGGUGCGCGGGGCCGCGCUCAAGCUGGGCCAGAUGCUGAGCAUCCAGGACGACGCCUUCAUCAACCCCCACCUGGCCAAGAUCUUCGAGCGCGUGAGGCAGAGCGCGGACUUCAUGCCCCUGAAGCAGAUGACGAAAACUCUCAACAGCGACCUGGGCCCCAACUGGCGGGACAAGCUGGAGUACUUCGAGGAGCGGCCCUUCGCGGCCGCCUCCAUCGGGCAGGUGCACCUGGCCCGGAUGAAGGACGGGCGGGAGGUGGCCAUGAAGAUCCAGUACCCCGGCGUGGCCCAGAGCAUCAACAGCGACGUCAACAACCUCAUGGCCGUGCUGAACAUGAGCAACGUGCUCCCUGAAGGCCUGUUCCCCGAGCACCUGAUCGACGUGCUGAGGCGGGAGCUGGCCCUCGAGUGCGACUACAAGCGAGAGGCCGCCUGCGCCAAGAAGUUCAGGGAGCUGCUGAAGGACCACCCCUUCUUCUACGUGCCCGAGGUGGUGGACGAGCUGUGCAGCCCCCACGUGCUGACCACCGAGCUCGUGUCUGGCUUCCCCCUGGACCAGGCCGAGGGGCUGAGCCAGGAGAUCCGGAACGAGAUCUGCCACAACAUCCUGGUCCUGUGCCUGAGGGAGCUGUUUGAGUUCCACUUCAUGCAGACCGACCCCAACUGGUCCAACUUCUUCUACGACCCCGAGCAGCACAAGGUGGCUCUCCUGGACUUCGGGGCAACUCGGGAGUACGACAAGUCCUUCACCGACCUCUACAUCCAGGUCAUCAGGGCCGCUGCGGACCAGGACCGGGAGGCCGUGCUGAAGAAGUCCAUCGAGAUGAAGUUCCUCACCGGCUACGAGGUCAAGGCCAUGGAGGACGCGCACGUGAACGCCAUCCUCACGCUGGGGAAGGCCUUCGCCUCCCACGAGCCCUUCGACUUCGGCACCCAGAAGACCACGGAGGAGAUCCACAACCUGAUCCCCGUCAUGCUCAAGCACCGGCUCAUCCCGCCCCCCGAGGAGACCUACUCGCUGCACAGGAAGAUGGGCGGCUCCUUCCUCAUCUGCUCCAAGCUCAAGGCCAAGAUCCCCUGCAAGGACAUGUUCGAGGAGGCCUACAGCAACUACUGCAAGCAGCGGGACGCGCAGUAGCUGGGCACGGAGCCGGCCGGCGGGCGGGCGGCGCCCCUUCAGACUCCUCUGCCGAGGGAGGUGCGGGCUCUGCCCGGUGCUGCCGGGGCCCACGGCCAGCGCUUACAUGGUUUUUACUGCUAAGAGGGUCCGGAGUGAGGUGUGCACGAAUGAGAAUGGAACCCCCCUGCUGUUUAUUCAUCCUCUGAAAUCCUCUAGAUGAAGGCCGUUUUAUUUCCUUCUAGGAAAACGGGGGUUUUACCUAAUGUUAACCCAGAAGGCGAGAAUCCCUGCCACCCAGGAAAUAGAGAACGCUUUUUGACUGUUAGUGAACAUGAAUUAAAGGUGUGUGCGCGUUUUCUGCCCUUUGCCUCCAGCACCCAGAGUCGGCCGGGAGCAGUGCCCACAGGUCCUCGGUGCCGAGUGAGGCCUGCGCUCUGCCGGCUGCGGGAGCUGGAAGCGUCUGGAGAAGCGCUGCCUCCCAGGGCGGCCGGGGCAGCCGGGAGAACGUGACAGCUCUGUCGUGUGGCACGUGUAGACGGUGUGUGCGGGGGCCUCCUUCCCCCGGGCCCAGGGCCCUUGUGGAGUGAUUGAAUGUCACAUGGUUAGACCGGGGUCCUCGCAGGCUCUAAUUUUUGUAAAAUUCUUGUAAUUGUCUGAUUUACUUGUUUCAAUAAAAAGCAAAACAGCCCAA